CUGUGGUUGAAAGGUACAUCAAAGAUUAGCAAGGCAACAAAAUGACAUCAACCACCCAAACACAACUAAGCUUUUGAACCAAACACAACUGACAACACACUCACAAGCUUUCUUUCUUCUAACCAGACAAAGGUGCAAUGAGAUCAGCAACAACUUGUCCAAUCACAGCGAAAUCUAUGACAAUUGAGUACAACAAUGCCAUAUGUCACAUCUUGUAGAUUGCUCAAAUACAUCAAUCACAGUGAAUCUAAAAAAACGAGUAGAGAAUAACUUCACCAUAGACGAUGAGACCACCAGACUAGGGCAAUCAACCAUCACAAGGAGCGAAUCAAUAUUCCCAACAUGUAAUCUCCAGAUCCCAAGAUGAGCUAGCCCAUAACAGGAAACCCAAUAUAGAACGAAGAGCAACAACUAGACUAGAGAGUGAAAAAUGGAAGGCCACAACGACUGGAGAAAGAGAAUCAAAACGAAAAGUUCGAGAAAAAAUCACCAAACGCCAGGGCAAGAAAAGCGAGAACAAGAAAAGCACAAAUAAAGCGAAAGGAGAAGGAAGUGAGCUGCCACCGGUCACUCAAAGGGAGCCAGCGGCAGCCCCUGGAUGCGGAAGAGUGGAGCUGGAGUUAAAGAGAAGGGAGAGCAAAAAUUAAAAUUUAAGGAUGCGAGAGAAGAAGUUUUCAUUUGUUGGUUGUUGUUUCCGUAUCGAAGAUUAUACCGAAAAAACCAAUAGUAGAAUAUCUAGUAAAAUCGGGUUUUUUUUUACAAAUAAUUCAACUUUUAUUCCUCCCUCGAAAAAGGCGAACAAAUUACAAUCUUACAGAAGAUCGGAAAUUAGAUCAAGAAUAUUAAUCCAGUCAACAGGCAGAUUAGAUCUCGCUUUAGAUCGUGCAACCCAGUCCGCUCAAACAUUCAUCGCUCUUGGUACCUCCUUGACUUUAAAGGCAGGCUUUGACCUGAGGAUAUUGAUCAUAGACUCCAUCCAUGCUGCACAGCGCCAUGACCAUCUUGAUUAACCUUUACCCAAAGCUUUCACCAGUAUCUGACAGUCAGAUUGGACCGAGUAAAAUCGGAUUCAUUGGCUUCCUACCACUAAAAUCGCAUAGGCCGGUUUCGUGUAUUAAGGUUGGACCGAGUGGAGCCGUAGGGUUUCUACUUUCUGGAACAUUUCUAUCAUCUCAAAAUCCCUAAUCUCCUUUCUUUGCCGCCCGGUCGCAGCCAACCCGAAUAAACCCCGGGGUCGGUACAGUCACUGACUCGCUUCUGCUUCGCCUGCUGUUCUAAAUAGCCUGCUGCCUGAUCGCGACGCCGCUCUUGUUGCUCCGUCAAUCGGCCGCGGCGCCAAGUCAUAUGCUUUUAGCGUCGUGUUGGCCAUCCUCCGAAGGUCGUCGUGUCUCCUCUGAAGCUGGAUUUAGCCAUUAGUCACCGAAGGUCGGAUCGCCAUCGCUCCGUCGUCUGAUUCAUUGGCGUCAAAAGGCAUCAUCUUCCUCCGGGGCUGAACCUGGUCGCGUCGCUGUCUCUUUGUACUCACAAUGCUAGCGCUGAAGGCACUAUCGACUUCCCGUCUCGGAAAUCGAUGGUUGAUUCCGGUGGGGGUUUUCCCCAUUUCCCCCUUCUCUGAACUGGCAGGAAGGUCAACAAGUUCAAGCUCUACAUGUUUAAUUGACUGUCUGAUUACAAAAUUCGAAUUCCCUGAAACCAAAGCCCUCUCCAUCGCUGCUCGAAUUCCCCGUCUCAAAUCUUCCCAAAAGCCCCAAGCUUUGUUCGCGUUCCUGCGAGGCCUAGGGUUCUCUCUUGACUGUAUUCAGUCUACUGUCUCUGGGGCUCCGCAGAUUCUCUUCGCCAACGUUGACAAGAACCUUAAACCCAAGAUCGAGCUGUUUCAGAAAUUGGGUUUCGAGAGUCCUCGUCUUGUUAAGUUCCUCUCUAAGAAUGGUGCUGUGUUUGCUGCUAGUCUGGAGAAGAAGCUGCGUCCUCGAGUUCAUAUUUUGCUGGAAACUUUCCAUCAGAAGGAUGUGCUUAAGGCUAUUGAAAAAUGCAGUUGGCUUGCAUUUAUGUACCCAAAUUCUAGAUUGCUGUCGAACGUUGCUUUGUUGCAGAGCUGUGGCAUUGUUGGGUCUCAGCUCUCGAUGCUGUUGAAGAUGCAGCCUAGGUUGUUCAUUAGGACAGAUUGUCAAGUUAGAGACAUUGUUUCGAGGACGUUGGGUUUGGGGUUUUCAGUGGAAUCACGGAUGUUUAUAUAUGGGUUGUCUGCUGUUAGUGCCUUCAGCGUGGCAACACUUGACCGGAAGUUUGCUGUAUUCGAGGGUUUUGGGUUUUCAAGGAGUGAAUGCAUUGCAAUGUUCAGAAGAGUUCCGACCGUGCUGGGUCGCUGUGAUGAGAAGUUAAGUUCUGGCGUGGAUUUCUUUUUGAACACCGUGAAUCUGACAAAGGAGAUGGUGGUUCGUAGUCCUGCACUGUUGAUGUAUAGCAUGGAGGGAAGAGUUAUUCCUCGAUAUCGAGUUUUGAAGACUAUGGAAUCAAAGUUUCUGUUCAAGAAGAAGCCAAGCUUUAGCUCUGUUAUGACUCUUACAAAUGAAAGAUUCGUGGAAAAGUUCGUAUUCAUGUAUCCAGAACAUGCAGAGGAACUAUUAAUUGCUUACAAUGGUCGCAAUGUGGAUUCCUCUGCAGAUGCAGCUUAUUCAUAGUUGUCAGUGAUUUGAUUUCAUCCAGCCACCUCACCUGGAGACCUUGUUGCAAAAGCUUUUGAUGCUAAAGAUAUGUUGGUGAUUUGAAAUUUUGUUGAGGGUCCAUGGUUCUUAGAAGAAUGGAAUGGAGUUGCAGAUGUAAAGUGAUCAUCUUGGACAUUUUCUAUUCAUCUUGUGGCGAAGUUGACAGCAAGAAAACCUUUGUGGAGGCCAUCAGUAUUGCAAUGAUUUUAUCAACAAGUUUACUUACUCAUAUUGUCCAGAGGAUGAAAGGGAGUCGAAGACACUCAUUUACUACAAAUGAAUCAAAUGAAUUAUAAACUAAUUA